AUGCGUGCUAAUGUGGUUUCUCAAAGAAGUCUUGGCGAUGGUGCAUUUGCUCGCAGUACAAGUGUCAGCGAGUUCUCAUUGGCAUCAUCAACAUGGAGUUGGUAUAAUGAAAAAGUGGGCGUGUGGGGUAGCAAUGCAUUUUCGGCAUCAAGUUUACUAGAGCAGAUAAAUACAACCAAAGAUACAAGCGAUUUUCUGUGGUACACAACAAGCAUAAAUGUGAAUGACAACAGUAAUCAUCUUCAAGCAAAAGAAGCCGUUUUGGUUAUUGAGAGCUUGGGACAUGCGGCUCUUGUUUUUGUUAACAAAAUACUUGUGGGAUUUGGUUAUGGUAAUCAUGAUGAUGCAAGCUUCGAAUUCAGUCAGAAAAUUAAUCUUAAUCAUGGUAACAACACAUUGGAUGUGUUGAGCAUGGUGGUUGGUGUACAGAACUAUGGGGCAUGGUUUGAUAUCCAAGGGGUAGGAAUUUUUUCCGUCAUUCUUGGUGAUCUGAAGAAUGCCAACCAAACUCUCUCUUCUACAGAAUGGACGUAUCAGCCUAAGGGCCCACCAAAAGAGAAACUGAUUGGACUGCAGAGACUGGGCUGGAGAAAGUGGGCCAAGGUUGGGCUUGAAGGGGAAUGCCUGGGACUUGAUAAUAUGAGUCUUGCGAACAGUUCUCUAUGGACACAGGGGAAUGCUGUACCGAUCAAUCAGAGUUUGACAUGGUACAAGGCUACAUUCCAAGCUCCUGAAGGGAAGGGUCCCUUAUCGCUGAAUCUUGCUAGCAUGGGGAAGGGUCAAGCAUGGGUUAAUGGGCAGAGUAUAGGGCGAUAUUGGCCUGCAUAUCUCUCGCCAUCAACUGGUUGCACUGAUAAAUGUGACUACAGGGGAACCUAUGAUGCAUCUAAAUGUCAAAAGAAGUGUGGUCAACCUGCUCAAACACUGUAUCAUAUACCACGCACUUGGGUACUUUCUGGUGAGAACCUACUUGUUCUCCACGAGGAGCUGGGUGGUGACCCUUCAAAGAUUUCUAUACUGACAAAAACUGGGCAAGAAAUAUGUGCACAUGUAUCCGAGGCCGAUCCUCCACCUUGUGAUUCUUGGAGACCACAAUUGGGUUUCAUGUCUCAAAGUCCUGAAGUUCGAUUGGCCUGUGAACAAGAGUGGCACAUUACUUCCAUUCAUUUUGCGAGCUUUGGAACUCCUAAAGGCAAUUGUGGCACACUCAGUCCAGGCAGUUGCCAUACCAAUGUGCUAUCCAUCGUUCAGCAGGCAUGCAUUGGCAAGCAAGGAUGUUCAAUUCCAGUAUCUACAGCUAACCUUGGAGACCCUUGUCCUGGAGUCUUGAAAAGCUUGGCAAUUCAAGCUCUCUGUAGUGGGUGA